AUGGCGUUAGGUUUCGUGGAAAUGGAUAAAGAUGUAGUUCGUGUCAAGGGGAAGAAUGGUAAUACUCCUUUGCACUUGAUAAGUAAAGUUGGAAACCACCAUGGCCUCUUACUGCUGGAUAGAAUUCUAGGGGUUUGUCCUGAAAGUAUUGGAGAUGUUACCACUAAAAACCGCACUGCUUUGCAUAUUGAAACCAAAAAUAAGAGAUUGGAUGUUCUUAAAGUUCUAAUCCAAAUGCUUCGAAAGAAAGAUAAAAACUAUUAUCGGCAAAUGGUGAACCAGAAAGACCGACAUGGCAAUACUGCACUUCACAUAGCUUCUAGUAAUAAUCAACCUCAGAUGCUCAGAUUGCUAUUAGACUGCAAGGCUGAUAAGCAUGCCACCAAUCAGGCUGGUUGGACGGCACUGGAUGUUGCAAUAGGGCAAAGUAACAGAGAAAUCAUCAGUAUUUUGCGCGGUUGCUGUGUUCCAAGAAUUUUUGUUCUACUCAUCAGCGUAGAAGGUCGAGAAGCUCUUUCUCUCUUUGAAGAUCAGCUAAAACAAUAA